AUGACCUCGUCUUACAGGACCCGGCAGAACGAGAACGACACGAACACCAUGCCUCAUGCCGAGCGGGUGAUGGACACGAAGGAUGCCGAUGACACAGCCCUGAUAGGCAAGCUCACCAUCCCGGUUGGAAUGAUGCUUGCAAAGGCAGUGGACAACCCAUGGGACCCCCACGAAACACCGCAGUGGUUCUGGACGUUGGUCGACCUGGGCAACAACCUUCAGCGACGAGGACUUCCAGAAGAUGCCCUAGCAAGAAAGGUCGAGCAAGCAAUUCGCAACAGAGGAGACCAACGAUACUACGACGGCAUCGAAGAUGUGAAAAACCACCUGUUCCGAGCUUGGCAGAUAGAGGCAAUGCACCUCGCGAGGCGAGAUCGACGAGCCCCGGACUCCCAGCACCGACUACAACAAGAAGAACUUCUACUGGUGGAACAAGUGGAGGAGACCUUCUUCGCGAUAUGGCUGCGAGAGUACAGAAGGCAAUUCGAACCGUGGCACGAAGACUCGACCGAUGCAGAAGCGAGUAGCUCGUGCUCCGACACCACCCAUUGCACGAGAUCAAGGUCACCUUCAGCCGCUCCACCGCGGGUGCAAGACAACGAGGGCACGGGUGACUCCACUUCUCUGAUGGACACAACACGCGCCAACAUCCCGGCCCGCAAGAAGAGCCCAACGAGAUUGUGGAAAGAGCUGCCACCUGAAAGAAAGAGCUCGGAGGUGAGAAAACUUACACCUCCAUGGAAAAAGGGGAAUAACCCCCCUCUCAAGCCACAGGGCCCCAGAGAGCCGAGCAGAUCACCACCGAAGGCACCGCCAAGGGCUAAGCCGAGACCUCGACCACGAGCCGCUGAGGUUGCAGAGCCAACUACGCCACCACAAGUAUGCCAAGAAAGUGAAGCCAUCGCCAAUACGAGCACGGGCCCCCUCGACUACAACGAAGCCAUAGCCACGUGGCAGGCGCUAUUCGAGAUGGCCCCCAACGAGGGCAUCGCCGAAGAGGACACCCCGGUCCUACCACAGCACCUGGCGGAUAACAUCGUCGAGACGUUGGUGGACAAGCCGCCGGGGGACCACAACAUCAUGGUCGAUACCUUCCCAUCGUUCCUCGGCAGACUACAACAAGAUGUAUCCCGAACGUUGACAAGAGCAAGAGAGCUUCGGGAAAGAUUGGAAGGAUCAGGAAGCUCCACAGACAAACCCCAAGAAGGCGACCACGAACCGGACCAGAAAGAAAGUGAGGAGAGCAUCUACAUGCAAACCACCCUGGACUUCGGCAAGCUGAGCCCACAGAAAGACACAAUGAUGGGCCGCCUGCAGGCAGCCUUCAAUAAGAUGGACAUCAGGGUCGCGAGCAGUCGAGCAAUACAGCUGGCGGCACGACUGCAGGAGCACGACGGCGAGAUGGCAGUGGACCGAGCCGAACUCGAGGCCCUCCUCAUCAGUUUCUCUGUGGACACACCGCCAGAGUCCACGGAUGAACAGGCGAUUGUGGAAGGCUACUGGGUGGAAACCUGGUGGAGACGCAUCACAGGACAGACCAAGCCCAAUGAGGAGGAGAUCGACAAGAACCUGAGAGAGUACGAGGAGGCGGUCGAUCGACAACGUGCCCUACAAGAAGCAGAGCAGGCCCACCAGGACGCUGCAGAGCAAAUGUACCUGAGAGGCCUCGAAGAGGCUGUAGCCCACCACCAGGAACAGCUCAAAGCAGAGGAGUGCCGCGCCGAGGACGAACGCACCAUGCAGCAGGCCCUGGGGUUCACGUGGGAACUCCCGAAGAAGGCAUGGGACUGGGAGCUGGACCGUGGGGCCGAAGUGCAAAUACAUAUCAAGGCGACGAAGACAGAAGAUCCAGGAGUCUGGCGGCACAAUGGGAAGAUCAUCCCAGAGGCGAACCUUCCGGACUCGCUCAAGGCCGCCAGCAGCAGACAAAAAGCACAACAAGUGGACCCGAAGCCCUACGACCUACGACGACCAGCAACCCAGGAGCUCUACAAGAGAUGGUGCCGAGGAGAAGUGUCAGAUCAAUCAGUGGUGACGGCAUCCAGUACAGGAAUGUUAUCCUACUUCAUGGCCAUGAGGGACAUUCCGGACGAAGUGUGGAAGGCGCUGGACGAGCAAGACACCAUGGCCAUGGCAAACCCCGAGAGCAUCCUCAACAACGCCGAGGCCGAUGCCGGUGACCAGCUCGGGAAAGCCAGCAACGAUGGAGAUAGCGAAGGGGUCGAUCCAAUGGCGCUGGUGCGCACUGGCUUUGGGCCAGAUCGCACGGCGACCCGCAGAUCUGGCGGCGUUACAGGUGCUGUAGACAGGGCACUUCCCUUCCCCCACCACACAGCACUGGAGAGCACGACAUUGGAGCACGGUCGCAUCACCAUUUACAAUGGGAUUCUGCCACAGGACGCCGCUGCGUUUGCAGAGUGGAACGGUACUGGGAUCUACACCCUAAGGGUCGAUCACGCUACCACGCCCGGUGGGCCCUGGGGAGCUGCGCAAUGCACGACAGAUGCCUUUGUGGCGGCUCAUGGCUCGCUGGACCCUGCCACACAUGCGCAAGCCGCCAUCGCAGCGAACUACCUAGUCUUAGAAUACGACACGAUUCACGAGGUCCUCGGAGCUCCAGCCUGGACGCCGAGCGCUGCUGCCCAGGCCCAGCUUGUCGCCGCCGGAUGGACCGGAGUAGCUGGACCGGUGAACAUAUGCUCCCCUGCCAGAAACACUCCUGGAAGGCUCACGAUUGGCUCGCACAAGUGGGUUGUCACUUCGAAUCUGGCGACGGUGACAAGCCUUGCUGAAGCCUACACUUCCUACCUCACAGCCUUGACCGCUGGCAACGCGAACGCUACCAUAGAUGGAGUGGUUGUGGCAGUGCGAGCGGCCCCUGCGACCGUGGGCGCUUCAUUCGAUCAAGCUAUGACGGCAGCAGGAGUGAAUGUGCGCUCCGUGACGGGUGCGGCAGCGCCCACCCAGAACCCCGCCACUGGACAUGGAGUGGGCUGGUUCAUUGCCAGCGAAUGGACGGAUAAUCUCGGCAACGAUGGCAUCAAUGUCGACUCCCUAUGGGUAUCUGCUACCGUGACCGAGUUUCAACUCGCCACAGCCGGGGAACGGCCCGUUGUUCCCGCGGCUGGCGCGGCCGCUGCGGUGGAGCCGUUUGCAAUGGCGAUAGACUCGAUUUUAGGCCAGCUUGCGUACGGGACCGGACACGACUCCUCCGCGGAAGUCUGGGUGUUUCAACUUCCGGGGGGGGCCGGUCCCUUCGUGCAACCUCCUAACUCGGGCAACGUCUCGAUCACCGCUGCCGGCCUGGGAGCUGGAGGCCUGACCGCUGCCUCGAGGGAUGCCAUGCGCCAGCUUCUGGACUGCGAUCUUAUGCCAAGAUCCCAUGGCAAGGAGAAACACCUCGACCAAAUCAUCAACCUGGACUACCUCAACAUCCCCCGGGAGACCAUGGACACAAAGAUGCCCGAGACCCGGACCAAGGACAAGGAAAUGGCCGCGAACGAGACCUACUACAAUAUGGAGAGAUACCUCGACCAAAUCAUCAACCUGGACUACCUCGACUUUCCCCGGGAGACCAUGGACAUAAAGAUGCCCGAGACCCUGACCAAGGACAAGGAAAAGGCCGGGAACGAGACCUACUACAAGAUGACGAUCCGCGGUCACCUCGAAAGCACGACCCGUGGCACUGAUCACCCAAUGACCUCGUCUUACAGGACCCGGCAGAACGAGAACGACACGAACACCAUGCCUCAUGCCGAGCGGGUGAUGGACACGAAGGAUGCCGAUGACACAGCCCUGAUAGGCAAGCUCACCAUCCCGGUUGGAAUGAUGCUUGCAAAGGCAGUGGACAACCCAUGGGACCCCCACGAAACACCGCAGUGGUUCUGGACGUUGGUCGACCUGGGCAACAACCUUCAGCGACGAGGACUUCCAGAAGAUGCCCUAGCAAGAAAGGUCGAGCAAGCAAUUCGCAACAGAGGAGACCAACGAUACUACGACGGCAUCGAAGAUGUGAAAAACCACCUGUUCCGAGCUUGGCAGAUAGAGGCAAUGCACCUCGCGAGGCGACAUCGACGAGCCCCGGACUCCCAGCACCGACUACAACAAGAAGAACUUCUACUGGUGGAACAAGUGGAGGAGACCUUCUUCGCGAUAUGGCUGCGAGAGUACAGAAGGCAAUUCGAACCGUGGCACGAAGACUCGACCGAUGCAGAAGCGAGUAGCUCGUGCUCCGACACCACCCAUUGCACGAGAUCAAGGUCACCUUCAGCCGCUCCACCGCGGGUGCAAGACAACGAGGGCACGGGUGACUCCACUUCUCUGAUGGACACAACACGCGCCAACAUCCCGGCCCGCAAGAAGAGCCCAACGAGAUUGUGGAAAGAGCUGCCACCUGAAAGAAAGAGCUCGGAGGUGAGAAAACUUACACCUCCAUGGAAAAAGGGGAAUAACCCCCCUCUCAAGCCACAGGGCCCCAGAGAGCCGAGCAGAUCACCACCGAAGGCACCGCCAAGGGCUAAGCCGAGACCUCGACCACGAGCCGCUGAGGUUGCAGAGCCAACUACGCCACCACAAGUAUGCCAAGAAAGUGAAGCCAUCGCCAAUACGAGCACGGGCCCCCUCGACUACAACGAAGCCAUAGCCACGUGGCAGGCGCUAUUCGAGAUGGCCCCCAACGAGGGCAUCGCCGAAGAGGACACCCCGGUCCUACCACAGCACCUGGCGGAUAACAUCGUCGAGACGUUGGUGGACAAGCCGCCGGGGGACCACAACAUCAUGGUCGAUACCUUCCCAUCGUUCCUCGGCAGACUACAACAAGAUGUAUCCCGAACGUUGACAAGAGCAAGAGAGCUUCGGGAAAGAUUGGAAGGAUCAGGAAGCUCCACAGACAAACCCCAAGAAGGCGACCACGAACCGGACCAGAAAGAAAGUGAGGAGAGCAUCUACAUGCAAACCACCCUGGACUUCGGCAAGCUGAGCCCACAGAAAGACACAAUGAUGGGCCGCCUGCAGGCAGCCUUCAAUAAGAUGGACAUCAGGGUCGCGAGCAGUCGAGCAAUACAGCUGGCGGCACGACUGCAGGAGCACGACGGCGAGAUGGCAGUGGACCGAGCCGAACUCGAGGCCCUCCUCAUCAGUUUCUCUGUGGACACACCGCCAGAGUCCACGGAUGAACAGGCGAUUGUGGAAGGCUACUGGGUGGAAACCUGGUGGAGACGCAUCACAGGACAGACCAAGCCCAAUGAGGAGGAGAUCGACAAGAACCUGAGAGAGUACGAGGAGGCGGUCGAUCGACAACGUGCCCUACAAGAAGCAGAGCAGGCCCACCAGGACGCUGCAGAGCAAAUGUACCUGAGAGGCCUCGAAGAGGCUGUAGCCCACCACCAGGAACAGCUCAAAGCAGAGGAGUGCCGCGCCGAGGACGAACGCACCAUGCAGCAGGCCCUGGGGUUCACGUGGGAACCCCCGAAGAAGCGACUAUGCUUGGGUGUGUGUGUAACAGAUGGAACAACUACCAGGGCAUGGGACUGGGAGCUGGACCGUGGGGCCGAAGUGCAAAUACAUAUCAAGGCGACGAAGACAGAAGAUCCAGGAGUCUGGCGGCACAAUGGGAAGAUCAUCCCAGAGGCGAACCUUCCGGACUCGCUCAAGGCCGCCAGCAGCAGACAAAAAGCACAACAAGUGGACCCGAAGCCCUACGACCUACGACGACCAGCAACCCAGGAGCUCUACAAGAGAUGGUGCCGAGGAGAAGUGUCAGAUCAAUCAGUGGUGACGGCAUCCAGUACAGGAAUGUUAUCCUACUUCAUGGCCAUGAGGGACAUUCCGGACGAAGUGUGGAAGGCGCUGGACGAGCAAGACACCAUGGCCAUGGCAAACCCCGAGAGCAUCCUCAACAACGCCGAGGCCGAUGCCGGUGACCAGCUCGGGAAAGCCAGCAACGAUGGAGAUAGCGAAGGGACUACACAACUGCUCCCCGGACCAGAGCCUCCCGCCGUCUGCCCUACGACUGUGAGUGAGGAACUGAGCCAGCCUGCACAGAGUGGGGGUCAGGUAGAAGAGGUAGGACACACUCAUGCCACGGCUGAAGAUGAUACUCUGUCCAACACUGAUUCAUACUAUAACGGCCGAGUGUGGGCUGAACGGUAUGGUCAUCCAAGCGAAGACAGAGAUGUGAGCGACUCGAGCGACUAA